AUGUUGAUUUUGGGUGAGGAGAAGGACGCUCAAUAUAAUGGCACAGUACUUACUCAAGAAGAGGAAAAAAAAAUUUUUGAUGAUUCCCGUUUGAAAGAUAGCAGCGAUAAUACUAAAAUUGAUGUAAGCAAGUUACGGGAUGCUGCUAAAUUAUUAGAUGAAGUUAAGAAAGCCCAAGCCAAAACUCAGUGGAAUCCAACAACUGAUCAAACAAUUUUAGAUAAACUCAAAAAAGAAAAGACUGAUGGCACUCUAGCCUCAAAAGUAGUGAAUACUGCUAAAGCAGUAGAUGGCACACAUCUGCUAGAUAGUGUUAUUACUCAUUUAGAGGCAAUCCGAGAUGGCCAUAAAGCUGAGGCCGAGGAAGUAGAAUCGAGAAUACAGGCAAUACAACAGGAAAUUAAUGACUACACAGCAGUGGUUUCCCAAGAACAGGAAAAUAUUGAGCAAGUAAUAAAUGACAUAAAGAGUGAUACGUUAGGAAAACAAUUGUUAACUAGUAUUGUAGAUAGAAAUAAAGCAUAUCUUGUAUAUCCUAAUGGUUUAUAUGACUAUGGCAAUAUUGUUGAAACUGGUGUUGGUUAUGAUGGAAGAAACUAUCUUACAGCAGAACAGAUUUCAUUGAUGGAUGAAACUAAACUUUUUGCCCUCAUUAAUAGUGACGCUUAUUUUGCCAGUAGUGGUAGAAGUCGAGCCAAUGCCAAAGCGGCUUAUGAUCGACUGAAAGAUGGUCCAGAAUAUGGAGAAGAGAACCAACUAGUCUUUAAUGAUCCCAAUUCCUAUGUAAAUAAGCCCCUCAACCAAAGGAAACCGGAGGAAAUUAAAUGGCCGUUUGCCAAAGCAGAACUGAGGGAUAUUGUUAUUUUCAUGAAAAAUGUUUUUCCGCGUGAUGCACUAGACACUAAUCCAAUUCUUAGUUCAACUGAUGAUACAUUGCGGGGUAAAGAAGUGGUGGAAGUAUCUUGGUUUGGAUUAAGAAGCAUUCCUAAAGCAGAUACGUUUAUUUCUGCUUCUACUCUUAAAGAGUUUGUUAAUGCUUUUAAAGAUGAUUCUUUACUUGAUGAUAAUUCAACAAGUCCAAUGAUGAGAGUUUUGAAAUUUGAUCCAGAUAUAAGCAUGACUGCCUUACAAACGAAGAAGCGUUGGCUUAUGCCGAUAGAAUUAAAUACAUCGUCGAAAAUGCGAAAAGUUGCUAUCCAAGUGGCGGAUACUUCUGAUACUUCAAUUACUGCUCUUAGAGCAGAAAAAGCUAAAAAUAUGGGACGAAAAACGUCUCCUAAUGAGAAUACUGAAUCUUGA